GCUCUCUCUUUCUCUCCCUCCCCUGCAUGUGUUCAGCUGCUCCAGCUGUCGGUCUCCCCACUCACUCUCUCAGGGUCAUAGAGGCAGGAGUAAAAGGACCACUUCUCCACUCCAACUCCACCAGGGACCAGCACAGCACAGCACGGAGACAGGAACACAUUGGUCAGAGAGAGGAGGAAGGACGGAAGACAAGAGACUGAAGGCUUGCCUAACAGAUACCACCUGGCUACCCUGCACAUCACAAGUCGACUGCCUCGCUCAUCUCUGAGACGCCACGACCUGUCUUGACGGUUGUCCCUGUGUGUGUGUGUGUGUGUGUGUGUGUGUGUGUGUGUGUGUGUGUGUGUGUGUGUGUGUGUGCGUGUGUGUGUGUGUAUGUGUGUGUAUGUGUGAGUGAGUGUGUGUGUGCGCGUGUGUUUUUGUGUGUGUGUAUGUGUGUGUGUAUGUGUGUGUAUAUAUGUGUAUGUGUGUGUCUGCGCUCGUGUGUUUGUGCGCCUACGUGUGUUCCCAUCCCACCUCCCGCUAAUUAGUUACGCGAGCAUGCAGGCCGCUUGUAUGUCAAUCUUGUGUGUGUGCGUGUGUGUGUCUGUGCUCCUCCGCAGUGCUAUUUCCCAGCCACCUACAGAAAGUGACACCUACACGGAAUGCACAGAUGGGUACCAGUGGGACCCUCAGACGCAGCACUGCAAAGACAUAAACGAGUGUGAGACAAUUCCAGACUCCUGCAAGGGGGGGAUGAAGUGCUUCAACCACUAUGGAGGGUACCUGUGCCUUCCCCGCUCUGCCUCAGUCAUCCCAGCUCCAGAGCCAGCCAGCACCCCCCCUGACCAGGGGCCCUACAACCCCUGCCCUGUGGGCUAUGAGCCCCAGGGAGACAGCUGUGUUGAUGUAGAUGAGUGUGAGCGGGAUGACCAUGACUGCCAACCCAGCCAGCAGUGCAUCAAUACAGUGGGUGCCUUCACCUGUCAGUGUCCAGACGGUUACCGCAAGGUUGGCACCGAGUGCAUUGACAUAGACGAAUGCAGGUACAGGUACUGCCAACAUCGCUGUGUCAAUGUCCCUGGUUCCUUCUCUUGCCAGUGUGAGCCUGGCUUCCAGCUGGCAGGAAAUAACCGAUCCUGUAUUGAUGUGAAUGAAUGCGAGAUGGGUGCGCCCUGUUCUCAGCGCUGUUACAACACAUACGGCACCUUCCUUUGUCGCUGUGACCAGGGCUACGAGUUGGGGCCCGAUGGCUUUGCCUGCAAUGACAUAGACGAGUGCAGCUAUUCCAGUUACCUUUGCCAGUAUCAGUGUGUGAACGAACCGGGAAAGUUUUCCUGUGUGUGCCCGGAAGGAUACCAGCUGCUGGGAACCAGACUAUGCCAGGAUAUAAACGAGUGCGAGACAGGCGAGCAUCAGUGCACGGACACACAGACCUGUGUCAAUAUUCACGGGCGGUACCAAUGUGUGGAUGCCAACAGAUGCCAAGACCCUUACGUACAAGUAUCUGAUAACCGAUGUGUUUGCCCUGCGACCAAGACUGCCUGUCAGAACCUCCCCUUCUCCAUUGUCCACCGCUACAUGAGCAUCACCUCGGAGCGCACCGUUCCCUCAGAUAUCUUCCAGAUCCAAGCCACUAGUGUGUCCCCGGGGGCUUACAAUGUCUUCCGUGUCCGCUCCGGCGAUGAAGACAGAGACUUCUACAUCAGGCAAAUCAACAACAUCAGUGCCAUGCUGGUGCUGGCCCGUGCUGUGACUGGGCCCAGGGAGUACACGCUGGACCUGGAGAUGGUGUCGGUUAACCCCUUGCUGAGCUACCAGAGCGGCCACCAGACCAGUUCGGCCCUCAGACUCUCCAUCUAUGUCGGGCCACACAGCUUCUAGAGAAGAGGCAGAGGUCACGGGAAAGAGACAGAGAGGGGAGAGACACAGAUGCAGAAGUAAAAAGGAGGAAGAAAAAGAUGAUGAGAGGUCCGGAACGACACGCGACACAUCCAGAUUGGUCAAAGGAAG